GCGAGUUCACCGAUGCGUUCUCUCUCUCUCUCUCUCCCUCUCCCUCUCUCCCUCUCUCUCACUCAUGUUUCCCCGUCUUGCGCACCUCCACUCCAGCUGCCGACAGCUGUCCAACCAAGGACAACAAAAAAAGAGAGAACAAAAGCCAGGCAAGGACUACAAGUGGAAGAUGAACGAAUGAUGAGAGGAGCGUUGGUUGGCGCACUGAGAGGAGAACCGCUGUCGCAGGGGACUCAGCAGCAUCAGGAGUAGGAGGAGAGGGGACGGGGGAAACACAUCUGCGGUGACUUUGAGGAGCUUUCUCCGGUUUCAUGGAGCAAAAACGGGGACAGACGCUGCAUCCCUCUGAUGCCGAAAUGUGCCGCGUUAUGAGGAAUGAUUAGGAUGCGUCGGACUGCCGUGGAGCCACUGGCGAGGUUUUUCUAUAUCCUUUGUUUUGCAAUCUAAGGGAACGUCUGCUUUAACAUAGUUGCGACCACCUCAGCUGAGGUUUGCGGUUAUAGCGGCUUCAUAACAGCGGUCGCUGUUGGGUUUUCUGUUUUUCUGUUUAUUUAUUGGUGACAUUCGUUAGAGAGCGGUUGGCCACCCAAGGAGCAGGGUGGAUUCGUUUUGGGGGUGAAGGAAGGCGUUUUUUUUUUUUUUUUAAUACCCCCUACCUCCUCCUCCCCCUUACAUAAAUGUUUGCGUGCCGUUAGUGCUGUCGUUCUCGGUCGACCCCCCACCCCCAGUCUCCCUCUGAAUAGGGCUCACGCGCAGGCGGACGCGUCUCAUACGCAUACAUACACUUGAACAUUAUCUCACGCAUACACGCCUCGCGCACCCCCUCCCUCCCUCCCCUCCCCCGUCUCACCUGUCGAGCCCGAUAACCCUCGAACCCCCGGCUCCACGAUCUGAUGACUCCCCGGCGCACAGGUGGCCGAGGUACGGAGCCGACUGUAGCAUCACCCUCCACGCUGUCAUCCUCACCGUUCUCCUCCUCUUCCUCGCCAUCGUCACCAUGUCCUCGUCGUCGCGCAAGAUCUCCUCCGAGUCCUUCAGCAGCUCGGUGGGCUCGGACUGCGGGCUCGAAAGCCCAGGGGGAGAAGGAGGGGACGUCGGUUUGGAACCAGCCGAGGAGAGACGAGGCUGCCCCUUCUCCUCCUUUUCUUCCUCGUCCUCCCACAGAGCGGUGCUCUGGAACGGCCGCAGCCCUGCCGAGAGGCCGGCCUGCCCGGCGGGCGAGGAGCAGCAGGGGCCCGGUGGUCCUCACAAGAGGGUCACCAGAAGGAGAAGGGUGAACCUGGAUUCCCUUGGGGAGAGCCUGAGGCGGCUGACCUCACCCACGACACAGACUGUUCAGGAAGCUCUUCAGCGGACUCUACGAUUUUACAGACAACAAGAGAUCAGGUGUCAGGAAGUCGGAAGUGAGGAACGCCGAAGAGAGAGGAGAGAGGAGAAGUGCCCCUUCCUAGAAAACUCUGGUUCAGAGGAAGAUGUCUUACAUGUCCUACAAUACAUGGCCACCAUACUAGAAAUACCAUUCUGUGAGCUGCGAGAGCGUUUUGGUGAGGAGUUCUUUGGACUCUGCUUUGAAGAAAAUGAACGAGUACUUCGGGCAGUAGGCAGUAAUCUCCAGGAUUUCUUCAAUGGUUUUGAUGCAAUUUUGGAACACAUUCGCACCUCCACAGGGCGUCGUGCCUCAUCCGAGAGCCCCUCCUUCCAGUGCAAGGAUCCCCAUGAGGAGGAGAAAGGGCGAAGAAAAUUGGACAAAGUUGGAGAUCAGGGACAAAGAGAUGGAAGAGGAAAGGUGCUGCUUCUUCAUUGUUUCAACCCUGCCCCUGUUGUUGGAUUGGUCAUGCCUGGUUUGAUCAGAGCUGUUGCCAGGCGGAUCUUUCAUUCAGAAGUUGAGGUGGAAGAGGUGCCACCUCUAACUCCUUUGUUGCCCAGUGAAGAUACAGACUGUGACUCCACAACCCCAACUCCAACUGCGUCCCCGACUGUCUCACCCUCCUCAUCACCAUCCCCUCCCUCUACUUUUCCCACAUCUGUUCCCACAAUUUGUCUCUCCUUCCAAAUCGAGGAGAUAUGUCCUCAUACCCUCACUUCUCUAUCAAAUGCUGCCUUGGUGAGCACUAAACGGCCCCCUCUGUCACUCUCCACCAACCCCAGUGACUUGCGCAUUGGCCUGGCCACAUUCUGUCGUGCUUUUCCAUUUCACCUUGUCCUGGGGCCUCGCAUGGAGCUACUGCAGCUUGGAGAAGGUCUGAGGCGACAGGUUCGCAUUGAGCCUCACCGAAGCCUCUCAUUCAGGGACUGUUUUGUGAUCGUCUCACCCAAGAUGGAACCCUCAUUUCAGGGCAUCUUGCUGAGGCUUGCAUCCCCAUUUACCAUCCGAACCAGGCCCGACUCCUCACAGACUGGCACCAAAGAGAAGGUGAUGGAGUUGAAGGGUCAGAUGAUCCAUGUGCCCGAGUCAUGCUCCCUGAUGUUUCUGGGCUCGCCCCGUGUUGAUAAGUUAGAGGAGCUGAUGGGCAGGGGUCUCCAUCUGUCAGAUAUCCCCAUCCAUGAUGCCACGCGGGAUGUUAUCCUGGUCGGGGAGCAGGCCAAGGCCCAGGAUGGCCUGAAGAAACGAAUGGACAAGCUUAAGGCCACAUUAGAGCGGACUCAUCAGGCACUGGAGGAGGAAAAGAGGAGAACAGUGGAUCUCCUUUAUUCUAUAUUUCCAGGUGAUGUAGCACAGAAACUCUGGCAGGGUCAGCCAGUGCCUGCUCGCAAAUUUGAUGAUGUCACCAUGCUGUUCUCGGACAUCGUGGGUUUUACUGCUGUGUGUGCCCAGUGCACACCCAUGCAGGUCAUCUCCAUGCUGAAUGAACUUUACACACGCUUCGACUACCAGUGUGGCAUCCUGGAUGUUUAUAAGAUCGAGACAAUAGGUGAUGCGUACUGCGUGGCAGGAGGACUUCAUAAGAAGGUCGAUAGUCAUGCGAAACCAAUCGCACACAUGGCUCUGAAAAUGAUGGAACUUUCUGAGGAAGUACUCACACCUGAUGGAAAACCCAUCAAGCUAAGGAUAGGUAUCCACACAGGUUCAGUGCUGGCAGGCGUGGUAGGGGUUAAAAUGCCACGUUAUUGCCUCUUUGGGAACAAUGUGACACUGGCCAGCAAGUUUGAAUCUGGAAGCCAUCCACGGUGUAUCAACGUUAGUCCUACAACUUAUCAAUGGUUGAAAGAUGACCGCUCUUUUUCAUUCGUUCCUCGAUCACGACUGGAGCUCCCAGAGAAUUUUCCCAAAGAGAUCCCAGGGACAUGUUACUUCCUGGAGGCGGGGACAUCCCACAGCCAUGCUUCGCUGACCAGCUCUCGUUCUGCUCCUCCGGCCUCUAUGAGGAAAGUCUCCUACAGCAUUGGGACCAUGUUUCUAAGAGAAACAAGUUUGUAGAGCCUACACACGGACUAGGUUAAUCAGGCGUUCAUUACGUGAACGACUGCAUUUGAACCUAUGGAACAUGCAGGAAACCAAUUACACAGAUCUUUGGAUAUGCAAAUGCAUUAUGUAAAAACGUUCGGCCCUGUCAUGCGACCUAUACAACUGACACUUAAAAAUCAUCAUCAUCAGGUAAAACAGGACAACAUGUUUUCAUCUUUCCUGAGAAUGGGAGAUGUGGUUCAGAAGACUUAAGGAACAGCAACUGUGCUGGUCUCAAAUGGACCCUUCACCAAGGAAGUGUACUAAUGGAAUCAGUUAGCAAAGAAAUCUUAAACUUAAUGAUCUAGCUGGGUUCCUCAGCUCCAGACCAUGUAUCUCGCUCUCUCCAGUGGCCCUCACUUCUAUACAACACCCUGACCUGGGCCUAGACACAACAUUACUUGGAAAUAACCUGGAGAGAAUCAUACACAGACCAGUGUUGCAGUCAUGAGCAAUGGGACUGCACAAACAGAACAAAUGAACUGUCCAUUAACAAAGUGGGUGCAAAGGAAUGAAGCUGUAGGAACUUUUGGAAGAUGGCAACAUUACCACAAAUGUUUGCUGUGCAUCAUGGUCUCUUGUACAAGAAAGAUCACUCAUGAAGAACAAUAGAGCUCCCCUUCCUCCUUUUGCAACUGUCCCUAUAUCAUGUCAUGCUUUACCAAACAUACUGUAUGUCUAACACCUGCUCUUUGUCACAUUUGAAACCAUUGAUUGAGGAUCACUUGGUUGGGAUGGAGAGAGACAAAGAAAAGGCACACACAAAGACAUUUAUUUAGUAAAGCAGCCAUCAAAAGAAGAAUGCCAUAAAUGCUAGUACUAAGCUGAUUUUACAGGCUUAGUUAGCUUGUAACAACAGUAAACUACAACAACAAAUCAGGACAAUUUUAAGAUAGCUUUAUUUGAAAUAUAGAGAGAAAUUUAAAACAUGAGGGUGUACUUCAUUUAUCUUCAUUUAUCUUAUCUUUACACUUGCUUAAGAUAUUUAUGUGAGUGAGUGAUAAUGAUGAGUCACAUCAUCACACCAGUGUCAUCGGGAGAUGAGGCACCUCAUCUCCCGAUGACACUGGAGGAGUACUGUUGUCUAUUUUAGUUUGAGACAGUCACAAGCAGCUGGUAGGGUAAAGCAAGAGCUCCUCAAAGAAUUCAAAUAUUAAAAUUUCCUACUUUCCUGAUCUUUGUCCAGAUCCAAUUAUAUCCACAAUCUAGUACUAAUAAAAUACUUGUACACAUAUUCACAAUACGCACACUUGACAUGGUUCACAUUCACAUAGGUGUCUUCUUUUAGUUACUUUUCUUUUAAUCACACAGAUCUAAAAGUGCAUACCAUCUUUAUGCUAACGUAACCAACACAACCAACCGACUGUUCUAGUCGGUUGGUACACUGAAAACUAUCAGUAGCUCAGUAAUGCAGAAAUUGGAAAGAACUGUAAAUAUUAAAAUAUUAUGUCUAAGUGAAUCUUAGCUUGAAGGAUAUUUAUUUGGUUACUAAUUUAAAGCAACUUACAUCACACUACUGCCAUUCUUCUUCAUUAGUGAAGUGCAUAUGACAGAGCAAAAAACAAAGAUAGCAUUAGUUUCCAUUUGAUAUUUUGAAUUACUAAUUACUAUUUUCAUGUCAAGGAAAAUAUAUAUUUAUUAUGAUAAGAAGUACAUAGAGAUUUGUCGACAUCAUUUGCUAAUUAUAAGUCAUAACUUGUAGCCAAAACCAUUUCUGAUAACCUUGGUGAGUGGUACUAGCUGUCAGUGUGAUAGCACAUCGUAUCAGAAUAUGGCUUAUGUUACUGACAAAACAACUUAAUAACAAAACGGUUCUGCUCUUCAAAACUGCAAAACACAGUUAAGGUAAGUUUUAGGUUUAUGUUUAUAUUACAAAAGUAUGUUGCAGUUUCACUACAUCUUGCCAAAUGACAUAUUGGUUGCAGGACCUGUAAAAGACCAACAGAGUCAACAGAACCAUGUGCCAGCUAUGCUAUGUAAAACAAAGAUUGUAGGAAAAAAUAAUAAUUCAUUUCAAACACAAAAAGUAAUUCAGAUCUUGCCAAAAUCACUACCCACUAAAGGGAGUGCUUUCAUACUGAGGUUAAAACCAGCAUAACAAUGUAAUGGCCCAAUUUUGACCAAAGGUGAGAGAGAACUACCUGUCUGAGACGGGUUGCCAAGUGCUAAAGUCUGAUCAUAGUUUGUUAUUGUCAUAAAAAAUUCUGUCGUCAGAUACUCAGAUGGCAGAAGCAUUCGAAAGCUUCAAAUUUACAGCAUGUCCUGUAUAUGUUCUGGUACAUUUUCACAAUGAAAAUAAACAAUUUCGCUAAAGAAUAAAAUGAAAAAAAAAAGUAUAUUUUUGAGAAUAUUUUUUCCAUCCUCCCCAUAAUCAUAACCACACUUACUGUGUACAAAAAGUACUGUAAUCUAUUUUUACAAUUGUUUUUUCAUGGCUUACAUUAUACUAUGCAGUAUAAAAAUUAACAAUGGACAGGAGAACAAUGACAUAAAGAAAAAAGUCAAAUACAUGACAGCAUAAUUUUUGUAACACAAAGAAAAUACAUACAUUAACUCAAAACUAGGUGCCAUUGUUUAGUGGGGCAACCAUAUACUGUAAUCUUAAGACUAGAGAGUCUGCCAACAGUAUGAAUUCAUUUAAAGACAACUGGCAACUCUAAAUUUAAGUACAUUGUUUUUUGCGCAUUUAUUAGACGACAGCAUAAUGUUGUUCACCUCAUUUGACCCAAAAAUGCUCCUGAGACAUAAGAGUCUAUAACAUCCAUCCAUUUUUUGUGAUAUUAUAAAGAACCAGAACCUGCAGCAUUUACCGGGACACCAGUGAUAUAUGCAUCUUCAUUACAUAACAAGAAAGCCUCACAUAUGUCCAAGAAAAGGACAGCAACUAACUUCUGGUUCGACACAAAUAGUCACACAAGUGCAUGGUUCACCAGGUUUUCAGGGUUUCCCAUGUCUUGGUUAGAGUUAUAUUUGCCUAUUACGUAUAGUUUUUUGAGUAUUUAAGGGGCAAUUUUAGUGAAGGGGGCAUUAGUUUUCAGGGUAAGUCAUGGAGAUAACCACAUACAUUGAUUAAUAUUUCCUUGAUACAUCUAUUGUAGCCUAAGUGUUAUAGCAGGUUUACACUUUACUUCAGGAGUACCAUUGUGAAUCUUUGAAGCCUUGUCGUUAUGAUGCAGAGGUAUUGCAGCAGGUACUGGUUCUCUACAGUGUUGGUGUCAGUCAUAGACCCUGCAGUGCAUACUGUAGGUGAUACGCAAGCAUACAUCACCCUAACAGGCAAUACAGCUGAGCAAAGCUGUAUAUGUUGUGUCAAAUAAUGAACGGGAGUAAAUGUUGCCAUGAGCUCAGUUUAGAAGGGGUCCAGUGUUCAGUGGGAUUAAACUUCCAUACCUCCAGCAGCUGUUGUCCCUGUGCCUGCCUGUGUGAUUUUGUUCAUGUCAAACAAUACCAGUUUGGAAAUUUCAUUUGUUAAUUAAAGCCAGCUGUAUCUGUAAUAAUUCUGUAUAAUUUAGAUCAGUUUAUUCAGACUGAAAAUUGUAAUAAAGUUAAAUCUCAGCCUUUUUUUCCACUAUAAUUCACGAAACCAUG